GGGAAAACACAGGGUAUUUCCUUAUGAAUCCAUGAGUACUUCUAGUUACUGACGAUCCAGAAUUUCUACACCAAAUACUCGCACUACAUUAAGUGCUGCAUCAUGUCUGUGUCCCUGACACGCUCCGAUGGAGUCACUGUACUCACCCUGACCUCUGACCCCUCCAGCACAUGUCCUCCCCUCUGUCAGCUGCUGGGGUCGCUCUGCUACACCCCAGCACUUUGCUCGCCCUCCCGGCUCCUGACUCUUCCUCGCAGGGGGUCCCAGGCGGUGUUGGGGUCCCUCUGGAUUAUGAGUGGUCUGAUGCAUGCGAGUCUGGGGGCGAUCCUCCUCGCCACCUACGGCGCUGCGUCGUACCAGCUCAUGGACACAUACUUCCCCGUGUGGUUGGGUGUGAUAUUUGUGGGAGUGGGGGUGAACAGUAUUCAAACAGAGAAGUACCCACGCCCCUGUGUACUGCUACUGAGCGUCAUCCUCAACCUGUUCGGAGCAGCCAUGUCCAUCACCGCCAUUGUCUGGUACUCCACACAGUUCACCAGCAGCCGCUUCUACUCCAUGUGUAAUGACGACUACUACUACUGGCGUCCAACACCCAGCCCGUCCCCUGAGAACGUGGCAUUGAAGGAGCGGUGUCUGGAGGUGCGGGGGAUAGCCAGGGCCUUGGUCUAUGGGGUGAGCGGAGUCCUGCUUUCUCUGUCGGUUCUGGGGUUGUGUGUGGGGGUCAGCUCAGCCGUCCUCAGCUGUAAAGCCCUCAGACCAGCCCGGGACAAGGCCGGGAGCAAGGCCCUGCUGGAGAAACCACGAUAUUGUAACAAGUGAGGAGGAGGAGUAGUGAUUGCCCUCUAUAAACAUUAGGGAUGCACCGAUACAAAUUUUUCCAAAACUGAUAUGAGUAUGAGUACUUAAUUUUUAGUACUUGCCAAAACCGAGUUCUGCUGCGGUGUUCAUGUGCCACAUCUCGGAACCUCUUAUUUACGAUUUAGCCAACAGCACAUGAAUGCAGUAUUAGAUCUUGCUCUAUGCAGUCGCUAGAUCUGUUUUUCAGUUAUAAUUCACAGUGCACAAGCAAAGAAUCUCCAGCCUCACUUAGCCACGUUACUGUUAGCAUGCUACUAUGGUGUAACCAAGUUACUGUUAGUAUGUAUAGUCACAAAGCUGAGCUGAAUGUGCAGUUGGCAUUUGUUGUGCGUUCUUGCUCAGCUCUGCUCAGAGCUCACUCAAAGGAGGCUCAGCACAGUCAUAUUGGUAUCGGCUGUUGGUACCGGCACAAGUACAAGUCCCAGAUAUCUAGCUGAUACCUGAUACUGCUAUCUGUAUCCGUGCAUCCCUAAUAAAACUUUUUUUUUCUUUAUUUGUAUCUUGGAAUAUUUCCAUCUUGGAAUUACAAUAACCACUGUCUCUUGUCUCAGUGUACAAUAGAAAUAAUCAUUUAACGAGUCAACUAAUAAUAAAUAAUCACUACUAAAACAGUUGUGAGUUGCAGCCCUAAUGUAGCCUGUUUUACUGUUUGUCGAGGUCUGGGUCCAGACUCUACUGCAGUUUAACACUAUGUAAGAGUUUGCCACGAUGGAUUCUGUUAUUCAAACACUAGAGUCUCUUCUCCUCAGGUGUGAGUGAUGAAACUGUGAUGACAAAUCUCUGUGUCAAUGAUUUUCUUAAAUAAAACAUUUUUAUAUCUUGC